CGUCCACGCGCCGCGGCAGUCGACCGGCUCACGUUGUCCACCGCACACACGCGUUUACUUAACUACCCUCAGCACACAUACACACACAACGUGCGUCAAACAAGUGUUCUGUACGCAUAGUCACUUCCUUGAAGACAAAUCGGCCCGUACCCAGACACGUGACUGUCUUUAACCGCAUCCGAUUUGCACGCAUUACUACGUUAUCGCCAAUUUAAUUAAUUCAGUACCGACGUUCCGGAACGCAGUCAAACUGGCGGCGAAUCAACCCCAUCAUCACCAACGGGCCGCUUACUCGGACGGCCGGCCAAACGAUUAUUUGGGCUACUGUGAUCCGGCCGCGGUCAAUCUUUGGCGAAUGGUCGUGCCUCGCGGCGGACCGUCAAUGGGCGCUGAGCCCGUGCCAAGCGCUCCACCACCCCCGCCACUUACAGAACCUCAUUGGGGCUAUGGACCUUGGAGUUCUGUACCAGCACCGCCUCUUAGGAAUCCACACGGUACAAAGAGACAUUACAACGAAAGCGACGACUGCGACGAUGCUUUUUCUGAAGAGUCCAGUAAAGACCAUUGCUCGUCGCCCGGUGACGACACUCCUCACACUUUGACCCGAAAAAAACGUCGUGGUAUCAUCGAGAAGAGACGACGCGACAGAAUCAACACUAGUCUGUCGGAACUCCGAAGACUUGUGCCGACCGCCUACGAAAAACAAGGCUCGGCUAAAUUAGAAAAGGCUGAAAUAUUGCAACUCACUGUUGACCAUUUGAAAAUGAUACACUCGAAAGGUCUGGAUACUUUGGCUUAUGAUCCAUCUAAAUAUGCCAUGGACUACCACAACAUUGGAUUUAGAGAGUGCGCCGCCGAAGUGGCUCGAUAUUUGGAAACCGUAGAAGGUCUCAACGGCCGCGAUCCAUUACGUGAGCGGCUCUUGUCGCAUUUACAGUACUUUGCCGCUCAACGAGAAUACGCCGCUAAGUCUCCUGCCGCCGUUGCGGGGCCACCACCGCCUUCUUGGUACGGUCACGGACAUCCGCCACCUUUGCCGCCUCCAACGACGUCAGCGGGUCCUUUGCAUCAUCACCACCAUCAUCAAUAUCCGUCUACCACUUCGCCGCACCAGCCAGUAGCACCUGUGCCCCCACCAACCAACCACAACAAUAAUAAUAACAACAACAACAACAAUUACGAACAAGGAGGCGCUGGAGCGGUUGACAAACCAUCUGGAGACUCGCUCAUCGCUCUAUCGUCCGUCUCGGAUUAUCAUCACCAACAGCACGACUACCAUCACCAACAACACGACGCCAACCAAUUGCAUAACUUGCAACCGGUCUCAACGCCCAUGCACCAGCAGCCACCACCACCACCUCCACCGACCUAUCUUCAUCACGACCUGCAAUCGCAUCAACAGUACCAGUCGGCAGAUUCUUCAGUAUCUUCACAAAUGAAACCUUACAGACCUUGGGGUGCCGAAGUAGCCUAUUAGUCGAUAUUAUCUGUUCCUAUCUAACCUUGUGAGACGCCCAUUUUGUAUUCGCGCGCAAAAGAUACAGCGUGUCUUAAAACUGUGAUCAAUUUUUUUUCAAAGUUUAUUAAUCGUGUAAAGACUAAUGUGUGUUAUUUUUUAUAUAUAUAUAAUUAGAAUUAAGAAUUAUUACACGUGCGCAAUAACGUAUAAGAAAUUUAUAAACAUACAAUUGUAAGUAAAUUGGUUGAACGUAACUUUAUUCUAGUCAUGAGUACCGACCAAAAAUGUGUAACUGAGGUUUAAAAAGAUCUCAAAAGGUUAUAUAAUACUAUUAGUUAAAAAGAUAUUAAAUUAUAAAUGUCAAAAUAAUUAAAAAUAUUUCACUAUUUCUAUUUGUAUAAAAAAAUGUGUUCAAAUAAAUUUAUAUAUUUUUUCAAUUUUUAUAAAUCAAUAUUGUUAUUUUAUAAUUGUUUUGCAUUACAAAUAAAUAUUUUUAUUCAAUUAAA